AAAAAAAAAAAAAAAAACCCUAGAAGAACCGUCGAUUCGUUUUCUCAGUCCUUCAGAGCCGAUUUCAAUCCACCCACGAGCCAAGCUCCUCCAUGGUCUUGGGGUCCUUGCCACUGGUGAUUCUUUGUUUGCCAUUGCAAAACUAUGAGUGCAUAUCUGAGUUAGAAGGCAUAUCAUGUUUAAAUGCAAACAAAUCUCUAUGACAGAUUAUAGUAAUCGCCGUUAUUUCCGGUUGUACAAUCCAAGAGUGGUUUGUGUCAGAAGUGAACGCAGAUAAAGAUCCGACACCGACACUUUCUGUUCUUGAUGUCUUUAGUCAUGUCUGUGAAGUCGUUGAUGUAGUGAAGAUAAAUUGAUCAUCAAGUUGCGGGAUUGUAAAGCAACGGAAUGGAAUGGAAGGGCGGUUUUUAUUUUUUGUUCUUCCUUUUUACUCUAGUCGAGUCCUCAAGCAGAUCAGGAAAUAUGUGGUUACUAAACCUGGGUGCAGAAUCAGCAUUCGUCAUCAAUUGGCCCAUCUUUAGUGCCGGCAUAUUCGUACUUCUUGCGCUUGUUCUUUCCAUGUAUCUUAUCUUUGAGCAUUUAGUUGCUUAUAAUCAGCCGGAGGAGCAGAAGUUUCUGGUUGGUCUCAUUCUAAUGGUUCCUGUUUAUGCACUGGAAUCGUUUUUGUCACUGUUGGAUUCAAGUUCUGCUUUUAACUGUGAAAUAAUCCGGGACUGCUACGAGGCUUUUGCACUGUAUUGCUUUGAGAGAUACUUGAUAGCCUGCUUAGGUGGGGAAGAGAGGACGAUCCAGUUUAUGGAAAAUCAAAGCGUAGUUGAUCACAAAAUGCCUCUUUUGAAUGAAGCAUAUGCUUAUGGAGUUGUGGAACAUCCGUUCCCGCUAAAUUGUCUCAUACGAGAUUGGCAUCUUGGUCCCGACUUCUAUAAUGCUGUGAAAAUUGGCAUUGUUCAAUAUAUGAUACUGAAGAUGAUAUGUGCUCUCCUAGCAAUGAUUCUCGAGUCUUUUGGGGUUUAUGGAGAAGGAAAGUUUGAGUGGAGAUACGGCUACCCGUACCUGGCAGUUGUUCUAAAUUUUAGUCAGACUUGGGCCCUAUAUUGCCUCGUGCAGUUCUAUUCUGUCACCAAAGAGAAGUUAGAGCCCAUUAAACCCUUGGCAAAGUUCCUAGUUUUCAAGUCAAUUGUAUUCUUGACAUGGUGGCAAGGAGUUGCAGUAGCUUUUCUUUUCUCAAUGGGAACCUUUAGAGGGGCUCUGGCACAAGAACUAAAAACUCGUAUACAAGACUACAUCAUAUGCAUAGAGAUGGGUGUUGCUGCCAUGGUUCACCUUUAUGUCUUCCCAGCAGUUCCCUACAAGCGUGGAGAAAGAUGUGUUCGUAAUGUCGCUGUCAUGGCUGACUAUGCAUCAUUGGGGUCACCUCCUGAUCCUGAGGAGGUUCAUGAUUGUGAAAAAUCAACUACGGUACGGUUGGCUCGUCAUGACGAGAGAGAAAAACGCUUGAAUUUCCCUCAGAGUGUUCGUGACGUGGUUCUUGGAAGUGGUGAAAUUAUUGUGGAUGACAUGAAAUAUACAGUGUCUCACGUUGUAGAACCAGUAGAAAGGGGAAUUGCUAAAAUAAAUAGGACUUUCCACGAGAUAUCUGAAAAUGUGAAACGCCAUGAUGAGCGGAGGAGGAACUCCAAAGAUGAUACGCUAGUCCCUUUGAAUUCAUGGACUACAGAAUUUUCUGAAGCUCAUGAUAACCUUGUUGAGGGCAGUGCCAGUGACAGUGGUUUGUCGAAUGGGAAGAAACAGAACCAAUCGAAAGCCUCAUCAUCUCGAACUAGAACAGCAAGAUAAUAUACAACAUUCAUGGGUGUAAGUAAUAAGAACUUGUUAAAAAAUUUAAAUGAUUGCAGGAGUUGGCGUUAUUUUUGUACAGCGUCUGUCAUGCUCGAUAAGCACAUACAAAUUCAAUUCCGGUCUGGCUGCGAAAGUUGGCUUCUGGAGCUAACUCAAAGAAAUUUUCGUCUCGAUUCCAAGUAAGGUGUUCCUUUAACCAAACUACUUGUUUAAUUGAUCAUGUACAGUUGAGACUGAUGGUUGAACAGCUAGACUAAUUGACAUGUACCAAGCAAACAUUUUCAAGCCUUUUAACCAUACAAGGGUUUUCUGACCUUGUAAAGCUAUGCAUCACGUGUAAAGUGUUGACUCUAACAUGUGAACUGUUAAUUGUUUUGCUAAAGUGGAGUGCACAAAUGUGUUAGUAUACUGAGUGAGAACAAUCUUUAUUUGUUCUGCUCUGUUCAGAUUAUAAUAUUCAUG